GACAAUUCCCUCUAAAACGCCCUCCGCUCCAUCUACGAGGACUCCAUCUUCGUCGGCGAGGUCUCCCAGCUGCGGUCGGAGCUCCCUCCUCGCCAAUCUGCGUUGCGGCCUCUGGUACCCCCGCGGCUUCGCCGCCAUGUGUUACUUCAAAUCCACCGACGGCCACACCAACGAUUACUCCUUCUCCACCGCCCCUGUAUUGUUAUCUGUCGGCCCUUGAGAUCGACGGGACGGAGCCGAUCAUGACUGGGCCUGAGUCACGGGACCAAACGACAAAGCUUUUGGAUUUCGUAGCUGUACGUGGUGACGACGACGAGCUGGUUCAUGAUGUUUCCGGCAGAAGCUUGGAGCUUGAUUUAUUCCAUCAGGUUGACGAUUCCUUGAAGGGUUUGUAUGUGUACAAGAAUAAUUUCAGCUUGGUGCCCUGGUCGAUUCGAAGGCUCCACAGGCGGAGGACAUUUAAGUUGAUCGGGAUGAACAAUUAGGCGAGGAGUAAAAGGGUCGGAGGUGUGUGGGGUAAUUGUCAUAACUUGGAAUGGAAGUUUAGACGAUGUAUGAAGUAAGGAUUUGGUGUUCUUUCUUUCUACGUUUGCAUGGAUCGGAUUUGGCCCGUAAGUAAGAGGCUUCUAAGGAUUUCAGGGAUUAAUUAAUGCAUGGGAUGGAUGGAAUUAUGCGGUGGGGAAUCUGAUGAAGAUAUGAGAUGGGUGAUCAUGUAUAAAACUUUUGGAAGCAU